AUGGCAGGAUAUGUCAAACCAAUUCCGUCGGCCACCGGCGGCCUCGCCUUUUCUCGGCUUCAGUCACACGAGGUCCGCAAGAUCUCAGUCAAGCGCAUUCAUGUCACCCCAGCAUUAGAUUCUAUGUUUGGUCCGAUACCAGGAGGCCUUCAUGAUCCGGCAUUGGGCGCAAUCCAAGCAUUGGAUGCAAAUUGCUCGACAUGUCGCAUGAAUGCGAUUCAUUGCACCGGCCAUUGCGGUCAUAUUGAGCUGCCUGUCACUUGUUACCACCAACAAUACAUCGAGUCUACCUUGCGUCUCCUACGUGCAAAGUGCGCCUACUGCCACCACUUCAAAGCCUCCGAAAAUUUCAUCAACCAAACUAUAUGUUUCCUACAGCUGUUGGAGCUUGGCCUCGUCGAUGAGUACCACAAAGUCCGGGACCUCCGUCUUCGCGGUGGGUUGCCGAAGACGCCGAAGAAAACUGACCACCCGGACGAUAUUGUGGAACAAAUACUAGAACACGAGCCACUAGAAGAGAUCCACGAUUUCAUUGAACGAAGGACGGAGGUGACGGCUAAGGCUAUAAGAAGAGCUACGCGAAAAGGGUUGGUUGACCCGCAAGCCCUCAUUCGAAAUCCUAUUGCUAUCGCCGCCCGUAAGGAGGUCAUCACAGCGUUCAUGAAGGAGGUGCCGAAUUGGAAGAAGUGCGCGAGGUGCGGUGGUGCCAACACCACAUACAGAAAGGACAGAAGCGUGAAGAUUUUUCGGAUGCCACUCGCGAAAAAACAAAAAGAGGCCAUGUCAGUCGUGGGACGGAAAGCUCCCAACCCUCUCCUGUUCCUCAAAGCCGAGCAGCGGCAAAGAGAGGAAGUUAAAAAGCCAUCAAUGCCAAAUGGUGCGAACGGAGUGCAUAAUGAUGAUGUGAAGAUGCAGGAUUCCGCGCAAGCAGAAGACACCGACGUUCACGGUGCCGAGGACGAGAUUGCCUUGCGUAAUGCGUUGGAGACAGCAGCCCAGUCGAAGACUUUCGCACUCGAAGACCAAGAAGACGACAUGCAGACAUAUAUGACGACCACCGAAGUACACGCGGCGCUCAGUUUACUCUUUGACCGUGAGCAGACUGUUCUCGGCUUGCUGUAUGGGGCUCAGCCUGGUCGAAAGCCUGCUCGGGUGUCUCCGGAUAUGUUCUUCAUCACCGCAGUCCUUGUACCACCGAAUCGAUAUCGUCCGUUGGCGAGACAAGGACCAAAUCAAAUGCUCGAGAAUCAAUUGAACGCAGUCCUGAACAAAAUUAUCAAAGCCGCCAACGAUGUCCGACGGAUUUCACGCGAGUCAAGACGAGCCAAGAUCGACCCCAAUGCUAGACCGAGGACCUUGAAUGAAAGCCUCCAAGCGGCAAUUGUUCUACAAGAAACAGUGAACGCACUCAUCGAUUCUCCAGCACCGCCCUCCGGCAGGCCAACCGACCAGGGCGUGAAGCAGGUCCUGGAGAAGAAAGAAGGUCUUUUUCGCAUGCAUAUGAUGGGAAAGCGUGUCAAUUUCGCUGCUCGCAGUGUGAUCUCGCCUGAUCCCAACAUCGAAACCAAUGAGAUUGGCGUGCCACUGGUCUUUGCAAGGAAGCUCACUUAUCCCGAACCCGUCACCAGCCACAAUUUCGAGCAAAUGAGUAAGGCAGUAAUCAACGGCGUGGAGAAGUACCCUGGAGCGGCAGCCAUCGAAAAUGAGAACGGCAUGGUUCUGAGUCUGAAGCGCAAGACCCUCGAGCAAAGAAAGGCCCUAGCAAAGCAGUUGAUGACCUCGACAGCUCCCGGCGCCAAGGGCGAAAACGGCAAAAAGGUCUACCGGCAUCUUCAAACCGGUGAUGUGGUUGUCAUGAAUCGGCAACCCACCCUACACAAGCCCUCGAUGAUGGGUCACCGUGCACGCGUUUUGCACAACCAGAAAACAAUUCGCAUGCACUAUGCGAACUGCAACACGUACAACGCCGACUUUGACGGUGACGAGAUGAACAUGCACUUCCCACAAAACGAGCUCGCACGGACGGAAGCUCUCCAGAUCGCAGAUACAGAUCAUCAGUAUCUAUCAGCUACAGCUGGCAAGCCUUUACGUGGUUUAAUCCAGGACCAUAUCUCUAUGGGUGUUCAGUUCACCAGUCGAGACGUGUUCUUUGACCAAGACCAGUAUCAGCAACUACUCUACAACUGUAUCAGGCCAGAGGACAACCACACUAUAUUCGAAAAGAUUCAGAUGAUCCCACCGGCAAUCUUGAAGCCGAAAAUGCUCUGGAGUGGUAAGCAAGUGGUCACGACGGUAUUGAAGAACAUUGUCCCAGAAAGAUUUCGAGGUCUCAAUCUUACCAGCAAAUCAUCAACAUCUUCAGAUUCAUGGGGCGAGAAGACCUCGGACGAUGCAAACCAGUGGACUGUAACUAGGGACAGGAUAGUCUUCCGGGAUACGGAGCAGGUGGUCAUCUUCAAAGAUGGCGAGCAUCUUUCUGGCAUUCUCGAUAAGUCUCAACUCGGCCCCAGCGCUGGUGGCCUUGUUCAUUCCACGCAUGAGCUUUAUGGUCAUAUCAUUGCAGGCAGACUGUUGAGUAUAUUGGGCCGACUACUCACGAGGUACCUUAACGAGCGCGCCUGGACCUGUGGAAUGGAUGAUCUGUACCUGACACUUCAAGGCGAUAACGAACGGCGUCUGGAACUCAGCAAAGCCAAGCGCAUCGGUCUCGAAGUCUCGACCGAGUAUGUGACCCUGAAGAAUGGCGAAGUCGACGAAGAAAACCCCGAGCUAUUAAGCCGACUCGAAAAUGUGCUCCGCAAUGACGACCAGCUCAAUGGGCUCGACCAGCUGUACAAAGCGAAAGUAAAGACCAUUACCGACGCCGUCACCAAAGCUUGCCUGCCAGCUGGUCUACGCAAACCAUUCCCGUGGAAUCAGAUGCAAGCCAUGACCAUUUCUGGAGCCAAGGGUUCGAGCGUCAAUGCAAACCUGAUCUCCUGCAACUUGGGUCAACAGGUCCUGGAAGGUCGAAGAGUUCCUGUCAUGGUCAGCGGCAAGACACUGCCGUCUUUUCGAGCUUUUGAAACAGAUCCAGUCGCUGGUGGUUAUGUCUCCGGCCGAUUUUUGACUGGCAUCAAACCCCAAGAGUACUUCUUUCACGCCAUGUCUGGCAGGGAAGGUCUAAUUGAUACUGCUGUAAAGACAUCCAAGUCAGGUUACCUACAACGCUGCAUCGUCAAAGGUCUCGAGGGGCUUCGAACUGAGUACGACACAUCCGUUCGAGAGAGUUCAAACGGCAGCAUAAUUCAAUUCCUGUAUGGAGAAGAUGGCCUUGAGGUUCCCAAGCAGAAAAGCUUGAAGGAGUUCACAUUCCUUGCAGAGAAUCACAGCUCCGUGGCGUCCCUCAUCAACGCGGAGGAGUCGUUUCCCCGGCUUCGAAACCCAGACCUAGACCUGGCGCAGGAGCAAAAGGAUAUUCUGAAAUCUGUAAAAAGAAGCAAACCCAGAGACCCGUUAACAGCUUUGUACAGCCCGGGCAGCCAUUUUGGAAGUACUUCGGAGUCCUUUGCAACGGAAUUGAGUGCAUACGUGAAGGAGAACCCCCGCAAACUGAUCAAAGACAAGAAGACCAACCCCAAUGGCAUUGUCACCAAGAAGACUUUUCAAACCCUCAUGGACCUCAAGUACAUGAGGUCGAUUGUCGAAGCUGGGGAGGCCGUUGGAGUGGUCGCGGCGCAGUCAGUCGGAGAGCCUUCUACACAGAUGACACUAAACACCUUCCAUUUGGCCGGCCAUUCAGCAAAGAACGUGACUCUAGGUAUUCCUCGCCUUCGCGAGAUCAUCAUGACAGCGAGCCCAAAGAUCAUGACUCCGACCAUGACGCUGAAGCCCAUCAAGGAACUAAGCGGCGCUCAGGGAGAACGCUUUGCCAAGAGUAUCAGCAGAUUGCCGCUAUCUCAUGUCAUCAGCGACAUGGCCGUCUCUGAGCGAACUGGUGGCGGUACGGGUUUUGAACACGAAAAGAUCUACGACAUCUUGAUAGAUCUGUAUGACCCCGAGGAAUACGAAGAGGAGUACGCGAUCAAGCGGGAUGAUGUUCGCCAAUGCUUUGAGAGGAUGUUCCUUCCGCUGUUAGAGAAGUUAAUCAAGAUCGAAUUCAAGAAGAAGGCAAAAGAGGCGGAACGCUCGGAGAUCACAGCAGCCAUGCCUGAUGUGGGUGCAUCUGUGGGUGUCAUUGAAGAAGCCAGAGCGAGACGCCCAAGAGCCACUGAGAAUGAAGGUGGCGAGGAUGACAUCGAUGAAGAUGCCGACCCAGAUGAUGCCAAGGACAUGGCAGCUAGGCGCCGAAGAGAAAAUACCUUUGAUGAGCCUGAUGAGGAAGAAGAGGGUCUCGCGAGCGAGUCCAGUGACGAGGAAAUGGACGUUGACGACAGUGCCGGUGGCGAUCGAAGCGGCGAGGUGCAUGUCACCAAGAGAACAAAGAGUGCUAAGUCUGCCCAGAACCUGCGGGAGCUCGACCCCGACGAUCAAGCAGACGAUGCAGUCGACACGGAAGACGAAGCCCGAAUGAAUCAACUAAAGGAAAAGCUGUCCCAUCUCAAGCGUUUCAUUUUCGCCAAAGGUGGAGGCAAAUCCUGCCGGAUUAUCCUCAGUUACAGCUCCAGGACACCAAAGCUGCUGCUUCUCCCGCUGCUGGAGAAAUGCGCCCACACAGCGGUCAUCCAAUCUAUUCCCAAUCUCGGUGUAUGCACACAGUUCAUGGAAGAAGUCCACGGUCCUGACGGCAGGCCACUCAAGCAAGUCAACCCGGAGACUGGUCUCGACGAACUAGUCAAAGAACCCGUCAUCACGACUGAAGGAGUGAAUCUCCUUGCUGUGCGUGACUAUCAAGACCAGAUUUACCCUCACACAGUCUACACAAACUCCGUACACGACAUGCUCAAAUACUACGGUGUCGAGGCGGCCCGCGGUACCAUCAUCAAGGAAAUCGACUCGGUCUUCAAAGGUCACGGAAUCAGCGUCGACACGCGCCAUCUGAACCUCAUUGCGGAUGCAAUGACUCACUCCGGCCGGUAUCAGCCAUUCAGUCGUCAUGGUCUAGUCAAAGAGGGUGGAAGUGUAUUGGCGAAGAUGAGCUUCGAGACGGUCAUGGGCUUUCUCAAGGACGCCGUGCUGUUUGGUGAGCGAGAUCCAUUACUUGGGCCGAGUGCCAGGCUUGUAGCGGGCAGGAGAGGGAACAUUGGCACUGGAGCAUUUGAUGUGGUUAUGCCGGUGCAUUAA